ACCGCCUGGCCGACCUCCUCGGCCGGCGACGGGGAAGCCGCCAGGAGCGGGCAGCUUUUCGACACCCAGAAGCGCCUCUUCCACGUGGACGCGCCGCUGUGCCGUUACCUGGACAUUCUGGGGUUGCGUGCGCUGAAAUGCCGCUCAGGGUGGCGGCCUUCGCAGCCGCAUAUGUAUUUGCCGCGCCACGAGCUGGAGCACGUGGUCGCGCGGGCCAACGGCCGGCGGUCGCAGCUCAGGCACGCGACGAGAAUCUUCCGGAGGGUCACCCUGAUGAGAGAGCUGACCAAGACGGGCUGGCGUGUACGCGAUCCCGUUAUCAGCCGGGUCGGGCCGAAUUUCUUCGAGGUCGCCGUGCCGGCUAUGGUAUGGAGCGUGGUGCAGCUCAGGGUCCCCGUGUCCGCGCUCCGCAGCUGCUCGUCGGCGGUUUCCUUCAGCGUCGAAGACCAGAGCCUGCAGAUGACGUGCGCGCGGGUGCAAGACGCGGGCUGCUCGUGGCAUCGGCGAGCCACGUGGCUCAUCAAAGGCUGGGACUCGAGCAGUCUGGUCUCGGUUGUCAUCUCCCGCAACUUCGCGCAGUCGAUGCAGAACCACGCGGCCCCUACUGCGGUGGUGGUCUCCGAGGUCGUGUUCCGGGGCAGGACCGACUCUGGAUACGAGGAGAUCGCGUACUCGCUGGGGCACCGCUCGGCCCCAGAGGUCUUCUCCUGCGUGCCCGACCUGCCGCAGUGGCACGACAUGGCAUCCGACAUGGGAGCCUAUGCGCAGAUCUGGUCCAGGAUCCGGCUGUGCCAGAUCCACGCGGGGGCAGUCGAGAACUCGACAUACACACCUUGCAUGCCAGUGCAGAAGCUCAAGUGGUACGACGUGCAGGACACGAAGAAGGGCGUUCACCGGCAGUACUUCCAGUGCCUCGUGAGCGCCCACCGCCACUUCUACUCGGAGGUGGACCCUUGUAUCCAGCCAGAGGACCUGGUCAUCCUGCGCUGCACCAGUCCGCGCGGGGGCGAGGCGGUCCUGUACGGACUGGUGCGAGAGGCCAGGGAGGAGAGGCAGAAGGCCGCGCCCUGUGCCAGCCCAGAGGAGGGUGCCAGGACGCAGUGCACGUCCGCGAACGGCGAGGCGGAGCUCCGCAUCUCUUACUGCUCCGUGGAGGUGGAGCUCUCGGACUCCUCGGCGGCGGCGUACACUGCGCAGGCGAGGCGGGUCAUGGACAUCGCCACAGACGACUGCUAUUGGGUUCAGUUCGUCCACGUACCUCUUGCGGAGAAGAAGUGCCUGGAGCUACUCCAGGGCUUGGCAAGGGGGCCGCCGCCGCGCCGGACGCGCCGCGCACCUGGUGGAGGCAGCCUGGCCUGGACGGGGACGUGCCGCCUGCGGGCGUGGAGCUGUCGCCUGUGGACACCGACGCGCUGGGCGCUACUCGGGCCAGAGUUAAACCUCGUCCUCCUGCUCGUCGGGUUCGCGAUUUUUCCGUUCAAGGACUAG